AUGUUAGGCUUCAACGUGCACGACGGGUGCCUGGAGGCGAUGGUGCACGGCUACAAGGAUGGGUUUCUGCGGCAGGAGGAGUAUAACAGUUUGGCGCAGUGUGACUCUCUCAACGACUUGAAGUCCCAACUGCAGGUGACUGACUACGGCAACUUCCUGCAGCAGGACGGCCAACUCACCCCGCGCGUGAUUGUGAACCGGGCGCAGGAGCAUCUUGUGCGGCAGCUGCGUGAGCUGCGGGAGUGGGCGGCCCCGCCGCUCUCGCAGUUCCUUGACUUCAUCGUCUACGAGCACAUGAUAUCGAACGUGCUGAAGCUUGUCAUCGCGAAACGCAGCGGCCGAGGGACUCUUGAGCUGCUGACGAAGUGCCACCCGCUCGGAUGGUUUCCAGAGCUUGCCUCCCUCACCGCCGCCGCCGACGUGCAGGAGAUGUUUCAGGUGGUUCUCAUCGACAGCCCUAUCGGCCGCUUCUUUAGCGCCGAGGGUGACUUCGAGCGGGACCUGGACGAGCUCCCGGUGGAGUACAUCCGCGGGGUACUGAUGCGCAACUACCUGGAGCAGUUCUACGACUUCUGCCGCGAGCUUGGCGGCGAGACGGCGGCGGUGAUGUGCCCGCUGCUUGACUUCGAGGCGGACCGCACCGUGCUGACCUUCGCUGUGAACACGAUGGGGCUGCGGGAGAUGCACGCGUCGGACCGCCUCAAACUUUUUCCGAACGUCGGCACCCUCGUCGACAUCCACGGCGACAUCGCGGAAGCGGAGGGGAUUGAGCAGCUGCGGGAGCGACUGCGGCGCUUCGCUGAUUUGCACGAGCUCUUCGACGACGGCAGGGGCGGCGGCGGCGUUGUGGACGCGGGGCGGCAGUCCGUUGAGAAGCGCUUUGUAGAGCGGUCCGUCGUGUUUUACAGGGAUGCCAUGACACGGCAGUUUCAGUACGGCGUCUUUUACGCUUGGGUGAAGCUGCGAGAGCUGGAGGUGAACAACCUGCAGUGGAUUUCCGACUGCAUCGUGCAGCGCAUGAUGCACCGGGUGCAUGAGUACGUCAACAUUGUGUAG